CCGCGCGGCGGAGCGCGGUCUGCGCAGGCGCGCCCAGGCGGACGGGUGGCGCGAAGGGCCAAGUUGCGUCGGCGCGCUCCGCUUCCUGCGAGGGAAAGUCCGGCCUGCGAGACAAAAGGGAGGGGGAAGCGCGUCGGGAACAUCCGGGUCAUCCGCCGCCUGAAUCCGGGAGGGAGACACAGACAGCCAGGCCGACCGACCGACCGACCGACCGACGGGAGGGAGGGGGAGAGAGAGGGCCGGCCCACGCAGCGACCCACCGACGGACGGACGGGCGGACAGCCCCAGGCGGACGGACAGACAGGCAGGCAGAGAGGGGCCGGUGCUGCCGUCGAAGGAAGGAGGACCGAGAGAGCCCGAGAUGUCUGGCAUCGCCCUCAGCCGGCUCGCCCAGGAGAGGAAGGCCUGGAGGAAGGACCACCCCUUCGGUUUUGUAGCUGUACCGACCAAAAAUCCAGAUGGCACGAUGAAUCUCAUGAAUUGGGAAUGCGCUAUUCCAGGGAAGAAAGGGACACCGUGGGAAGGAGGUUUAUUUAAAUUACGGAUGUUGUUCAAGGAUGAUUAUCCCUCUUCGCCUCCAAAAUGCAAGUUUGAGCCACCGUUAUUCCACCCAAAUGUGUACCCUUCAGGCACAGUGUGUCUGUCCAUCCUAGAAGAGGAUAAGGACUGGAGGCCUGCCAUCACAAUUAAACAGAUCUUGUUAGGAAUCCAAGAACUCCUAAAUGAACCAAAUAUUCAAGACCCAGCUCAAGCAGAGGCCUACACAAUUUAUUGCCAAAACAGAGUGGAAUAUGAAAAGAGGGUUCGAGCACAAGCCAAGAAAUUUGCACCAUCAUAAGCUCCUGUCAUUCAGCAUCUUAAAGGAAGGGAUUAAUUUGGCAAGAACUUGUUUACAAAACUUUUGCAAAUCUAAUGUCGCUAUGUACAAUUAAUAGUCACUUAGGGGAGGGGGUUGUAUGUGUGCCAUUUUUCCAUAUUCGCCACUUGUAUACAGUUCUAAAUUUGCUGAAUUGCCCCCAGUUUUUUCAUACAGGGUCUCUUCCUUCAGUCUUUUGUAUUUUUGAUUGUUAUGUAAAACUUGCUUUUAUUUUAAUAUUGAUGUCAGUAUUUCAACUGCUGUAAAACUAUAAACUUUUAUACUUCUAUAAAUUCACUAGUAUCUCCUAGUUUCUUUGCUCUCUGAUGCAGGCAUGCUUUAAACUGUUUAGAAGUAUAUUUUGCCUCUACCUGGCUGUAUGAAAAAAGCUCUCCACCCUGUUCCUUCCCUUAAUUUGUUUUCUACCAAUAAAGAUUUAGGUGGUUGUUGCUUAAAAGCCUCAGAUCCAAAGUCAGCCAGCAUCUUGAUUCUGCGUCACUUCCUUUGUGUUCUGGCGUUUUGUCUGUGUUGCUGUUUAGAGUAAAUAAACUGUUUCUAUAAAGCU